ACCCAACCUGCCAGCAUGCCGGCCAGUUACGUACUGACUUUAUUCACAGUCGUGCCGGAGUGCAUUGAUAUCACAAUAACGAAACACGUGCCUCAUCGUAUUUGUGAAUUCAUAGCAAUAAUUUGCAUGGCAAUAGUCCAUAUAAUAUGCGAUCUACCACCUGGGACAAGACGUAAUACAUAUCUGCCUCCUGAACCAACUAAGGGUUACAAUUAUGGCACGCCUUCGAUACCAUUUCCAAAACCAACAACUCGACCACCAUUUACUACACCACCCAGCCAUACAUAUCCUAAACCAACCACAAAAUUUCCGACGAGGCCUUCCAACGAAGGUUAUCCACCUCCUACUAAACCUACUGUGGAAUUUCCUGACAUAACCAGACCUACUGGAACUACUAUACCAAAUAAUGGUCACGAUCACCAUCACCACGAGCCAGGCAUGCCAUUUGACUUCAACUACGCGGUGAAGGAAGACGCCUUUGGAAACGAUUAUUCGCAUAACGCGAUAAGCGAUGGUGACAUCGUCCGCGGGGAGUACAGAGUUCAGCUUCCUGAUGGAAGAUUGCAGAUUGUCCGCUAUACUGCCGAUUGGAAGCAUGGGUUUAGCGCGCAGGUUUCCUACGACGGAAAUCCACGUUUUGACGUCUCUCGACCGCCCGGCAAUUUUGCAGGCUAUUAAGUUAUUAAUGUCCAGUUUAUGGUUGCGAACCAUGUUAAAAUGUUUGUCUUGCGGUUUUUAUUGUUGGUUUCCACGCCUUUGUCCAUUGGGCGUUUGGAUCGUUCGUUUUCAGCAUAUCGAGUCAAUCGUUUAAAAAGAAAUUAUUAGAUAUUUUAAUUGUUUUUAUCUUUUUUAAAAAAAAAAGUUAAGUGCUAAUAUUUUUUAAUAAAGAAAAAACUUUUUUUAGAAAGAAAAAACCAAAUCUAAAAACCAAUCGAGAGAUGUAUUUAUAUUUUGUAUUUAUAUUUAUUAUUAUGAAUUUGAUUUUGUUCUUAUUACGUAUUUUGAUUAAAUAGGUUUAUCUCGAUUAACUCAAUUUGUUGAAUAUACGAUAGCUGAUUGUGAGAUUAUUAUUCUUUAUCUUGUCCUUUUCUUUAAUGUCGUCAAAUAAUGGUUCUAGAAAAAGUGGCAUCAUUUGAAUAUGCAGAUUUUUUUCUUAAAAGAAUUUUCAAAACUUUUAUAAUUUUAAUUUUAUUGAUAAUUUUAUUAAUUAAUUAAUUUUAAAAGUCUUAGAUUAAAAAUUUUAAAUUGCUGAAAUGGAGAAUAAUUGUGUAAAGUAUGAUACUUUUUUUUAAGGUAUCUACAAUUUUAUAUUAAAUAUUAUAUAAAAUAUUUUAUAAUAAAAUAUGAAUGAAAAAUAUUAUUUUUGCGACCAAAAAUGGUUCAAUACCAACUGGUACUUAUUCGAUAUUCUUAGCCAUUGCAAAAUCUAGAUCUAAGUAAAAAAAGACCUUAGGCCAGAGUAUAUUUUAUAUUCUCCAAUUAUAGAUGUGUUCAUUGAACAUGGAUACACAUAUAGGAGAAAAAAAAUAAAAAAGUUUCAUAAAGUCAAGGUGUACUUCUUUUUGAAACAUGAAGUAGCUAAGGACUAACUUGUAGUAAUAAUAAUUUGUUUUAAGGAUGCUGAUGAAAUAAUACUAACCCUCUGCUAUCACGUAUGGCUACUUUGUUUG